CGCCUCCACUGCGCCGCCCGCAUCCUCCCGGCAGACCGGCGCCUCCGUCCCUCCUCUCCGUCGGCCGCCGCCGUACAGGCCGAGGACUUCAACGCCUUGUGACGCAAGGUUUUUUUUGGAUUGCUAAGCUUUGGGAAUAUACAAUAUGGCUGGGGGUAGUGCAGAUGCAGACGCGGCCACCAAGGAGAUGGAGGCAUUGCGUGUCACGCAAACUCCGGAAACCAAAGAGAAUCUGAAUAAGGCAGCUAGUGUAGAAUCGGUCGUAACCUCGUCAAAAGAACCCAAAGUUGCAGAUAGCAACGGUGCUACUCCAGGAGCUCAGUCCUCGCCUCCAGAGGAUGAUGACGACGGUCCAUCUGAAGAUGGAGCAGCAGUUUCAGCAGCUGCGAAGAAGAAAAAGAAGAAAAGCAAGGCAAAAAAGAAGAAGGACCUUCUUCAGCAGACAGACCCUCCGUCCAUCCCUGUUGAUGAGCUUUUCCCUUCAGGUGAUUUUCCUGAGGGUGAAAUCCAACAAUACCUGGAUGGUAAUUUAUGGAGAACAACUAGUGAAGAAAAGAGGGAACUGGAACGAAUACAAAAGCCAAUGUACAAUUCGGUUCGGCGAGCAGCAGAAGUUCAUAGACAGGUGAGGAAAUACAUGAGGAGCAUUGUGAAGCCUGGAAUGUUAAUGACUGAACUCUGCGAAACGUUGGAAAACAUGGUUCGGAAACUUAUCAAGGAGAAUGGACUGCAAGCUGGUAUUGCCUUUCCAACAGGAUGUUCCUUGAAUUGGGUUGCAGCUCACUGGACUCCAAAUUCUGGUGAUAAAACUGUACUACAAUAUGAUGAUGUGAUGAAGCUGGAUUUUGGGACGCAUAUAGAUGGGUACAUAGUUGAUUGUGCAUUUACUGUCGCAUUCAAUCCCAUGUUUGAUCCAUUGCUUCAAGCAACAAGAGACGCCACAAAUACUGGUAUCAAGGAAGCUGGGAUAGAUGCGCGGCUUUGUGAUGUUGGUGCUGCAAUCCAAGAAGUAAUGGAGUCAUAUGAGGUUGAAAUUAAUGGGAAAGUGUUCCAAGUAAAAAGUGUGCGAAACCUCAAUGGACACAGCAUUGGACCGUACCAAAUCCAUGCAGGGAAAUCAGUUCCAAUUGUAAAAGGUGGAGAGCAAACGAAAAUGGAAGAGGGUGAAUUUUAUGCAAUUGAAACUUUUGGGUCCACAGGAAAGGGAUUUGUGAGGGAGGACUUGGAAUGCAGUCAUUACAUGAAGAACUUUGAUGUUGGGCAUGUACCAUUGAGGGUAGCAAAAGCCAAGCAACUGCUCGGAACAAUCAACAACAACUUUGGAACACUUGCCUUUUGCCGCCGGUACUUGGACCGCAUUGGUGAGACCAAGUAUCUCAUGGCCCUGAAAAACCUAUGUGAUGUUGGCAUCAUUCAGCCGUACCCUCCAUUGUGCGACGUGAGGGGGAGCUACGUGUCUCAGUUUGAGCACACCAUCUUGCUCCGACCAACCUGUAAAGAAGUGAUAUCCAGAGGCGAUGACUACUGAUGGUCGAAGCUCCUCUUUAUACCGGUUGUCGGCACGAUCAUUCUGCACCGUCUUGGGCAACCUGUGUUUUUUUCGGAUUAAGUGGCAUGGCAGAGCAGGAACAAUAAGUCUGCGACGCACGACAGUUUACUGUUUACACAUUUAGAAGUCUGUGGAAACUGGUUUGUAAGAAUUGCUACUGUGUUGUAUUUUGCUGGAUUCCUCUUAUGACAAACUUCAUAUUAGCAUGGAACUGUUGGAAGUGAA